UUCUAAGUGAUCACAGAAUCAGUGAGAGUUUGAGAAGUCAUCAUCACACCACUUUACACAAGAGGACAAUUCAACUAUCCGGGUGUUCCCCUCUACAUCUUGUUCCUGCCUGUCCCAUGGAACUCACUGUCUGACAAGUUUAAUUGGCUUCCUUUCCUUCUGGACCUGUGUGAGAGUACUUGGAGCAGUGACUGCCAUCUGGUGGCAAGCCAGAAUCAUCACUUUGUGUAAUCUAAUGGUUACCAAGAUGCCCACUCUUGCCUCACAUGGUAUGCACUGGCAUCAGGGCACAAAGAGAGCCUGGAAGGUGUCUGAUGAACGAGCCUAGUGAAAUAGCCUUUUACUUCCACCUGAAUGGGUUGUUUUCAUCCCAGAUUCUGAGCCAAGAGCCAGCUCCAAAAUGGUGCCUCUGAAGAAAAGAUUUGAAUUGUUUUUGUGUUUUAGUCUAAGAUCUGCUGGUUACCCACCAGCAGAUAACCAAGACUGUGAAUAAGCACACACCAAAAGGGGCGUGUGAUGUCAUGGAGCCUGAAAUAAACUGCUCCGAAUUGUGUGACAGUUUUCCUGGCCAGGAGCUGGAUCGGAGUCCUCUUCAUGAUCUCUGCAGGACAAUUACCUCUUCCCAUUAUAGCAGUAAGACCAUUUCCUCAUUAUCUCCUGUUCUCUUGGGUGUUGUUUGGACCUUUCUCAGCUGUGGACUUCUUUUGAUAGUCUUCUUUCUUGGCUUCACAAUUCGCUGCAGGAAUAACAGAUGGUUCCGGCUGGUUAGAAAGUCACUGGCUCGUCAGACCAGCAAGCAAAGGAAAAUUAUGACCUUGACUCUUUUGCAGAUAAUCAAAGACCUGCAGCUACUGGGGUUGGUGGCAGCCCUGGUGAUAGCAGACGUGAUCCUGCUUGUGACGUGGGUGCUGACUGAUCCCAUCCAGUGCCUCCAGAUUCUCGGUGUCAGUAUGACGGUGACAGGGAGAGACGUGUCCUGCUCUCUGACCAGCACACACUUCUGUGCUUCCCGGUAUUCUGAUGUCUGGAUUGCUCUUGUUUUGGUAUGCAAGGGCCUGCUGCUGCUAUAUGGUGCCUACCUGGCUGGCCUGACUGACCACGUCAGCUCUCCUCCUGUGAAUCAGUCUUUAACCAUCAUGGUUGGGGUCAACCUCGUAGUAGUGGCCGCUGGGCUUCUGUUUGUGGUCACCAGAUACUUGCACUCCUGGCCCAACCUGGUCUUUGGACUCACAUCUGGAGGUAUCUUUGUUUGCACAACCACAAUCAACUGCUUCAUCUUCAUUCCCCAGCUGAAACAGUGGAAGGCAUUUGAAGAGGAAAACCAAACAAUCAGACGCAUGGCCAAAUAUUUCAGCACUCCCAGCAAAAGCUUCCAUAUGCAGUAUGGUGAGGAGCAGAAUUGCCACACUAGAGGAGAGAAAAACUCCAUGGACAGACUCCUCACGGAAAAAAAUGCUAUGAUUGAAAGCCUGCAGGAACAAGUAAACAACGCCAAAGAGAAGCUAGUGAGGCUGAUGUCAGCUGAGUGUACCUUCGACCCCCCAGAGUGGGCCAUUCCUCCCACCUCUUCCCACAGCAAGAACAGCCUGACUGCAGCCUCUGCCCACAGCCUGGUAGCUCAAGGGCCUUUGGAAUGCCUCUCUGACUCUCAGAAUGAUACCAGUAUAGUUGCCCAGGACUCCCAGAGCACCUCAGUGCCCUCUUCAAGUGUACAAAGCCUGGAGGGGGCUGUGAAAGACACCAGCUCCUCCUCAGGGCAGAAGGAAAAAAUUUCUAACUUCAAAGACUUUUCUGGUCAUUUAAAUUUGGGCUGCAGCCAGAAGCCACAGCCUGAGCAAAGCCGAGGUGCAGAAAGAAGAGACCAAGUACCCGUGAACCCCCACCAGAGUGUCAUACCAGGUGGAGAAGGCCCUGUUCCCCAGAGACAAGGGCAGCUGGAGAACUCAGAGGAGCCCCAAAAGCGGCUGUCAAGGGUCAAUUCAGUGAUUAGGGAGAAGCUUCAGGAAGUCCUGCAAGAUCUGGGCCUGGGCCCUGAGGCUCCUCUCCCCUCUUCCCCAUCCUAUACACAGCAGCCCUGGAAGAACCCCCAGAAGAUUCCCCUCUCCAAGGAGCUGGGCUUCAGCCCGUACAUGGUGAGGAGAAGGCGGGCAGCACUGCGGGCUCGCUCACACUUUCCAGGCUCUAUACCCUCAUAUAUGGGGCAUCGGGCAAAUAGGACUGUAUCUGGGGCACAUGGUGGGCUAAAUGUGCAGAAUAGGGACAGUCUCUGCCUGGAUCCCCAAACUGCUGGUUCCAGGGCACCAAAACCCUCUUCCAGGAAGCCUUCACUAUUCCCAGAUCCACAAGGCAAGCCGGGCACCCUGGAGGGCAGCAAACAAAGCCAGACAGAGCCCCAGGGUACCAGAGGGAGCCAGGCAGCCUUUGCUCACCAGCCUUCUGGCUCUGACCAAGCACAGCGUCCUGCCGCCCCACACCUAUCCAGAGCUUCACCAGACAUGCCUGAGCAGUGGCAGCUGCUGUCCCUGGGAUUCCCAGACUGUCCAUCCAUGUCUUCUCCGUGCAACUACCUUGACACUGAGUCCAGCAGUUCAGAUGAGUUCUUCUGCCACUGCCACCGGCCCUACUGUGAAAUCUGCUUCCAGAGCUCCUCUGAUUCCAGUGACAGUGGUUCAUCAGACAGUGACCCUGACCCUGCUGGGGGGCUGGCUUCCUGGGAAAAGCUGUGGGCCCACUCAAAGCCUAUCGUGAACUUCAAAGAGGACUUGAAACCCACACUGGUGUGAAAAGCAGCAGAGUGGGUGUGGAUAUAAAGGUUGGUCCAGGACAAGCCAUACCAAUGCCUAUAGGAGGAAGGCCAGUUCUGGCCUUUAGGGAACAGA